AUGGUCGUCUGCUCCAUGCGCAAGUCGUUCAAGGACUCGCUCAAGGUGCUCGAGGCCGACAUCCAGCACGCCAAUACCCUGGCAGCGGAUUUCUCGAGGGACUACGACGGGGCCUGCCUCCAGAUGCGCAUGUCCUACAGCCCCGCCGCCCACUUCUUCCUCUUCCUCGUGCAGUGGAUCGACUGCAGCCUCGCCGGCGCGCUUGGGCUGCUCAGGAUCCUAAUCUACAAGGUUUAUGUGGAUGGGAGUACCACCAUGUCCACGCAUGAGAGGAAAGCAAGCAUCAGGGAAUUUUAUGCUGUUAUAUUUCCCUCCCUUAUGCAACUGCCCAAGGGUAUUAGCGACGUCGAUGACUGGAGGCAGAAGGCGGUGUGUACGGAGAAGUACCGGAGGAGAGACGAAGACGAGGGCAAGAGGCCGGUUUCCGAGAUCGACAUCGAAAGGGAGGAAGAGUGUGGCAUUUGCAUGGAGAUGAAUAGCAAGGUGGUGCUACCCAGCUGCAGCCAUGCUAUGUGCAUGAAGUGCUACCGUCAAUGGCGAUCAAGAUCUCAAUCCUGUCCCUUUUGUCGGGACAGCCUCAAAAGAGUAAACUCCGGCGACCUGUGGAUGUUCACCGACUGCCGGGACGUAGUUGACAUGGCGACAGUGACCAGAGAGAACAUCAGGCGCCUGUUUAUGUACAUCGAGAAGCUGCCUCUCGUUACGCCUGAUAACAUCUUCUACGCCUAUGAUUCUCAUGAGUGCUGCAUGGAGCAUCUCCUUGAAGUAAUUCGUGGUACAGUACAGAAACACAACACUAGAGAACAGCUUAUUAUUGACACUCUGACCGUGCUGCCCGAUAUUUAUGGAGCAAGCAUCGCGGCUGGAGUGGCUACUCCAUCUCAAGGACGGGAUCCAUGGCAUCGCGUCACUUAUGGCGCCCAUGGUCGGCACCUUCUUCCUGCUGCUCAACUCGAGCGACUUCUUCCUGUACCCGAGCAUGGCCGUGAUCCGCACGUGCACGUGCUCCAUACGUCGGUGGCCGUCUCCAUGAUGAGCGGGCUAUUCGGGACCGAGAACUUCGAUGUCCUAUUGCCAACCGCUUCCAUGCAUGCGACAAACUCAGCGUUCAAGAUCGACGAAGCACCAUUGCCACUACUGUUUCUGCUGCUGCUCUGCGCCGCCUCGCUCCGUUGCUCGCCGGCCUUCGGAUACGCGCUGUCCGCUAGGACGCUUUGGGCUGGCGGGGUCUCCGUCGCGGCCGAGGCAGACGUGGUGGCGUCGGCGGGAAAGAACGACAACAACGAUGACCUGUUGAAUGGGGAGUGGACGUGGGCCGACGGCGUUGGCGGCGGCUACUCGCUCUACAGCUCUGUGGUGAUCUGGCGCCGGGGACGGAGGCGCGCCCUGCAAUCAUGA